CGAUUUGGAUCCAUCCUCCAGCCGGAGGAGGUGGACAACUUCUACGUUGCCACAGGAACCGAUGUUUAUUCAGGCGGCAGCGGUGCUUCCGGGGCUGGUAGCAGUGGUGCCGGUGCUGCCGGCAGUGUCCCACCUGUUGGAA